GCAUGGUCUGUGGUUUUGUUCUGUGCAGCAUUUUCUUUUGCUCGGUAGUUACAUUAUUUUUAUAGGUGUAAAAAAUACAUUCAACAAUUUCAAUCUUACUUUAAUUUUUAAUCCUUCUAAAAGUGUAUUAUCAGACAUUAGUUGUUUAUUUUGAAAUAAUAACAAUAUGUCAUCGUACAUAGAUAUGAGUUUAGAAGAUAUCAUUCAAAAAAAGAAAAGAGAUAGACCAACAAAGAUACAUAAAGGAUCCAUGAAGAUAAACAGGGCAAAACAACAAGACCAAAGUAAAAAACUACCACUAAAUGAUGCCAGAAACAAAAUAAUAUCGAAAAAAAGAACUCAGAUAUCAGAUGCGAGAGAGAAAUUAGCAGAACUUGCUAAACAAAAAGAUGCUCGACUAAAACUUGAUCUGCUUAGAAGGAAUAGAGCGCUACUUCAAGGAAGAUAUGAUAUUCGACCUCAGGGUAAAUUUAUUCGACCUCAGGGUAAAUUUAUUCGGACUAUUUCAAAUAAAGAAAGAGUUUUCAUGGACUCCUCUAGACAGGUGGUAUCACAACCUCUUAACCACUCACGGGCGGCAACUAGGCAUCAAACUAAUAGCAAGAGAUUUAUGGAGAGCCGUUCAUUUGAAUCGAAGUUCAGAAGUGAAAUUCCAAGACCAAAACCAAUAGUCAGAACUGUUGAAAAUGAUAUAGAAUUCAUUGAUGACCCUAUGGGCGAAGAAGAGUUCAUAAUUCCAAAAGUUGACUCUAACAGAAAAGCGAGUUUGCAGCUGAGAAUAAUUGCUCACAAUAAUGAUACUCGAGAUAACAAAAGUACAAUUAUGCAUCGAACUAUGUUAUCAGAAAAAGAAAGAAGUCCACCUAGACCUCCGUCGAUUCUUAAAAAGAGACCAAUGGCAGCUCUCAGAAAUGAAAAGAUUACAGAGAAAAAUGAAAAACCUGUUUUAGAAUAUAGAAUAAUAGUUAGCAACCUCCGAAACACUGUUACUGGAGGAGAUAUUGAAGAAUUAUUUGGUGAUGUUGGAGGGAUGGUAGAAUCACGUUUGGUACGUCCUGGUACAGCAGAAGUAAUUUAUAAAACUCUGGAUGACGCGCAGAGAGCUGUAGACCUAUAUCAUAACCGACAAUUGGAUGGUCAGCCAAUGAAUUGUCUUCUUGUAACACCUCGCCCACACGCAAUACCAUCAAGAAGCGGCACGAAACCUGCUCUGUAUAGUACCAAUUCUAAUGUAGAACCGGAUAUAUCUACCUUCCACAAGGUACUCUUCAGUAAUUUGUAAAAACAUCGCAAUAUAUACUCGUAAUAAUAAAUAUCUUAAAAUGAUAUUUGUGUGAACUGAUUACUGCUAUUAUACUGUAAUGUUAUAAAACUGUAAGUACUUAGCUAAAACGUAAUAAGUUGUGUUAAGUUAAAGUAUAUGUUAGUGUAGGUAUUUUUUGGAUAUGCUCAUAAGGCGCCAAUACUUUAUAUGAUUUAUAUUAUUGUAAAGUUAAUAGUAACUUUUCAACCAAAUUUAAAAAGAAGUUGUAUUCUAAGUUAUAGUCUUAUAUUUUUCGGUGUGUUUGUUAGAAAAUUUGUACACAAUAUUUGUCCAUAACAUUAUCGUCCAAAAAAAACCUGACUUUUAUAUCAAAUUAAUUGCAAUUUACAUGGAAACCUAAAUAAUAUAAUAAUAAAUACUUAUAACAUUGAGAUAAUGUUUAUUUAACAGCAUAGUUUGUAAGCAACAAAGAACAUCUUCUGUUCCCUAUAUUAAAAUGUAUCCAAAUAGGUUACAUUUUAGUCAUAA